GAAGAGGAAGAGGAAGAGGAAGAGAGAGACGAGGUGGAGGAUAGUAGAGAAGACGAAGCGACCAAUUCCUUCACAGAGACCUUCUCCUCUUCCUUGUCAACCUCCACCUCGACCUCGAGCUCCGCCUCCACCUUCGGCUCCAGUUGCGGGGCAGGUUCGCGAGAAAGCAUCGUCUUGAAGGCGGCUGAACCGACGUGGAAAGGCAGACGUCGAGUGGACCAAGUGCCGGCGACCGUGCCGCCCGCAACGCCGGGAAUCCUGUCGCCGGGCAUGAGUCCAGAGAGACGCAAGCUCACCUUGACGGUCAGUCCGAGACGCCGUCUCGACGCGACGUCGGCCAAGCCGGCGAAUCGGACCGGCGGCGAGGAGAGCUCGGACGAGUCGAUGACGCUGAUCAGUGACUCGGAGAAGUGGGCCAAAAGAGGGCCGAACGAGUCGGACGAGCAUGUGAAACUGUCAAAGCGACAGCCGGAAGUGGGCUUGCACUCUGCCAAAGUCAAGAUCGGCACGAGUAGCCAAAACAGAGCGAGCGGUGACAGGCGAGUGGAUGAAGCGAAAAGUGAGCAUAAAGACAGAGCCAUUUUUGCAAAGAAUGAUAACCGACAGAAAAGGUUGGCUGAUGAAUAUGAAGAAAAGGAGGAGGAGGAGGAGGAGGAAAGUGAAGAGGAGGAGGAUGAAGACGAUGACAAGGAGGACGAAAGUGAUGAAGAGAAUAGUGAAAGUGACGAAGAGGACGAAGAAUAUGAUGAGUACAACGACAACGAUGGCAGUGAUGUGUACGACAGUGAGGAGGAGGUAACGCCUCAAAUGUCCGUUUCGAAGAGAGCAGACUAG